AUGGAGCUUCAUAUUUCAGAUUUUGGUACUGCCAACAUCAGGAACCUAGCUGAGGAUUCUUAUACUCAUUCUGAUUUCCCUUGGCAAAAGCUUUCAGCACGUAUAGCUGGUACUACUGGCUAUAUGGCACUAGAGUGUGCAUAUGCAACAGUGCCAAGCAGAACUUUUGACGUAUAUAGCUAUGGAGUAGUGUUGCUUGAGCUAAUAACCGGAAAAAGAGCAUUAGUUUAUGAAAAUAAACAUAUAGUGAGUUGGGUUAGAUCUGUCUCGGAUGAUAAAACAAACAAAAUUGACAAGAUUGUUGUUUCAUACCUUGCAGCUUCAUUUCCCAAUUCAGCAGUGUUGGAAAGCCAAAGGUGUGAUCAUAUAGAUAAUGAUAAUAAUGAUAGUGCUGAAGUUGCUGUAGAUGUAGCACCACAAUCACCAUUCAAUAAUGAACCAGAUAUUAGUACUAAUCCAGUUUUCAACACUCAGGGUGAGGGAGACUCCUAUGUGCUUGAAUAA